CGCCUUCCGAACUGCCAACAUUGGCUAAUACUCGUCAUAAUUAUCACGUUAUUUAUUAUAUAUUUCGUGCUUCAAAAAUUAUUUGUACUUUAUAUCGGAUUAAAAAUCAGUUUUUCUAUUAGUGAGAUGUGAUUGUUGUUCAAGUGUUAUUCUGACAAAUAAUACCUAAGGAAACUUAAUUUAGUAGCAUCAACAGGUCUUGGAAAGGAUGACUGGAAACAAAGUACAACUACAGGAAGGCCUGGAGGGUAGCUACAUCCUAGGAGAUGCUAUAACCAGAGGUCAAUUUUCCACUGUCUACAAAUGCUUAUACAAAGGGAAAAUCGAGAGAGCGUGCAGGACAUACGAAAAGGACAAAGUCAAUAUCACCAAGGUAACCAAUUAUUUACAAGAAAUCUUGAGGACAGUCCAUCCCAAUCUGAUCCAGAUAUACGAGGGAUUCCAAACUCCCGACGAUAUGCAUUUCAUCACGGAAAGGGUCUACGGAGAAGAGCUGUUCGAGAGGAUCGUAGAACUUGGUCACUAUAGCGAAAGGGAAGCCGCUUCUCUUAUCAAGGAUAUCCUAUCAGCAUUAAUAUGUUUGCAUGAGAAAGGUAUUGUCCAUGGAGAUAUAAGGCCGGAAUCUCUUAUAUACACCAAAGAAGGCCAUGAUGGAAUACUCAAACUGAGGGAUGUGUCCUUUUCGAAGUGGGCACCCAACACUCACACCACAGUUUUCAUAGCUCCAGAAAAAGAAGCUUCGACCGCAGGAGAUAUGUGGAGCCUAGGUAUAGUCUUGUACAUAAUGCUAUGUGGCAUCGAACCAGGUGCAGGUGAAGUGUUCACAGAGUUGGUUCCCGGUCUUUCACUUCCUUGGUGGGAAGAUAUAUCCAACCAUGCCAAAGAAGUCAUUCAAAGAAUGUUGGACCUCAAUCCAAACAGCAGGCUUAAAGCAGAUGAAGCAUAUCAAAUAUCAUGGGUACAAGGAUCUGUCACUGGGGAACAACACUUAGAGGCAGCUGUUAAAAGACUUCGAGAAUUCAAUGCAAAAGCUAAAUUUAGGGUCGCAUCGAAAGCUGUAUUGGCAACGAGGAAACUAAGUCUGCCCUUUCUUCGGAGAAUGGAGCUUAGAUAAGUAAAUCUCAGACAAGAUACAAUAACAUACUCUUAACUACAUUGAUGUUUAUUGAAUUGAUACUUUAAAACCCAAUGUACUCCAUUUACUUUCUUACUGUAAUAAAUUGGUGAAAUAAUGGCUG